AUGAGGGAGCAGGAAGAAAUGCAGAAAAAGAAGAAUGAGAGGAAAAGAAAAAAUGAAGAGAUAAUGGGAGAACCUGAAAAAGAAGAGGGGGAGAUAGAGGGAUCUAGGAGGGAACAGAAUGUGGGAGUUGAGUGGAAUCCAGGAGAUGAUCUAAAAAGUGAGGAAGAAGAUUAUGAUGACUCUUGCUCCCCAUCCUUUGAAAUGAGUGAGGAAGAGGAGGAUUUUAUCAGUAAAGAAGAGGAGUUGGAAGAGCAGAUGAGGAGGGAUUGUAAAAAGAUCAAUGUCACACCCACCAAGAAAUUAUCCAAAGCUCAAAAGAAAAGGCUGAGGAAAAAGGCUAGGUCCUCUGGGAAGGGUGGGGGACAGAAACAUUCAUGA